AUGACAAGCUCGGGCACAAACCCCAACGCAAUUUGCUAUCCGGACCGCCAACACAACCAGCGCGGCGAUUUGAGAAAUUGCCUCCAAGAGGGCCUCAUAGAUCCAGUGCCCGAUCCGACCCGUACCAGCUACCCAGGUCUGGCGGUAGUCCUGCUCUUCGAAGAACAGCGCUUUGCCGCCGUGGAAGGUACCCUCGAUGAUUAA